GUGCGCUGACCAAUUCUUUGAAUAACUGAAAUGGCUACACAUAUAAUGCAACCUAUGCCAGGAUUUUAUGCAAGUUUCAAGUAACGGGCUGGAUUUAUCUAAGGUAUGUCCAGCUGAAGGACAUCAAUAGGGGGGCAAAGGUGUCCAAAGGCUGGAUCAUAAAACCGAUUGAAAUAAAAAAAAUGGCUGUUGCGUGCCCUUAACACAAUCAAGGUUAGUUAACACCAGGCGAAGAGACCAAAGUGACAGGGCCAGCUGAAGAAGAGAAAGGGGUGGGAGUGUAACUUAGUAAGAGGUGUUUCAGGCCCUCCUCCUCCAGCCUGUCAGCACAGCCCCCUCAAAGCCCAGUCUCGGACAGACCAAAACACACACGCACAAGCGCGCAAACACACAGGCAUACGCAUACACUCUGGAGUUACUUCCCAUCGAAUAUGUACAGUAUUUUUGACCCGCGUGCAUGAGCACCGAGACAUAACAAACCAAGUGGGCUCCGAUUCAGCUGGCUGGAUGUCUGAUAGGUUAGGUUUCUUUUCUAGUAUUCUAGUGUUGAAGUGAUUGUUUUCUCUGUCAUUCUGGAAUACGUCUGGAUCCUUUUUCACAUUCAAGAAUCUUUCAGGAUUCCGGAGCCAGACGCACAGGCUUCGCACACCUGGCAUGCUCCUGGAUUUCACUCUGUUAGGUCUGCGUGUUGAAAGGUGUGGGCUAAACAAAGACUAAAACCGAAGGGGUGGAGGCAGGCAGGAUGGGGGGAAAGCAUUCAAAGAAAUCUUCUGAGGAGGAUAUGAAGAGACAAGCGAGGAAGAAUGAGGAGAGCAUCUCGUCCGCCGAGCGGAUCCGCCAACACACCACCAAGCAGUUCGGCCAGAUCGUCCUCAGCCUGGCCCGCCGCGGCAUGACCGAGCCUCCCGGGGAACUCUGGGAGCUGGUGGAGCUGGAGAAGCUCAACCUGUCGCUCAACCGCAUCCGCGCCAUGCCCUCCACCAUCGCCGUGCUGCAGAACCUGGUGGUGCUGAACCUGUGGGGCAACCAGCUGGCCAGCCUGCCGCCAGAGAUCGGGCAGCUCCGCAAGCUCCGCGUGCUCUUCGCCUACCGCAACCACCUGACCGAGGUGCCCGAGGAGCUGGGGAAGUGCACCAAGCUGGAGGUGCUCAGCCUGGCCAACAACCAGAUCACCAGCCUCCCGGCGAGCCUGUCCACACUCACCAGCCUGCGUAAGCUCAACCUCAGCCACAACCGCAUCAUUCACGUCCCCGGCUGCGUCUACGCCAUGAAGAGCCUGGUGUUCCUGCACAUGGCCUGCAACCAGCUGGAGAACAUCGCGGACCAGAUCCAGGCGCUGACCGACCUCAAGAUCCUCAUCGUGGAGGGCAACUGCAUCCACACCCUUCCCAGGGUGCUCUGCUUCCUCACGCGGCUCGAGCUGCUCAACUUGGACUUCAACGACAUCAAGGACGUGCCCUCGGAGAUGCACCAGCUGAGCCGGCUGGAGAGGCUGGCCUGCCACCCGCUGGACAAGGGCCUGCACAUCCUGCACAACCCCCUCCAGAAGCACGUCAAGGACCUUCUGGAGGGGGGGCUGGAGGGGGGGCUCACCGCCCUCUACAACUACCUCAAGUCUUCCUAAGAGACCCGUGAAGGGGGGGGGGGGGGUUAAUGCCCUGCCCUGCCUUCACUCUCAUGGAUGACUUCCUUAACUAUUUGGAUAAGGGAAUUUGAGAGGCAGGACUGUUUGCUGUUAUUUUCCACUCAUCUGUCAUAGGACUGAAUGUAGUAUGCAGAAAACUGUAUUGGAAAAAAAGCAGCUUUUGCUAAAUGUGUUUUAACCGAUUGAGCCAGUAGAGAAUAUCUACCCAUUUAUAAGCUAAUCUAAUAUUUUUUUUUAGAAAUUGUGCAAAUUAACAUACUGAUGAAAUCUUUCUGUGAUACUAUUAUAUAUAACUGUAAAGAGUGGUAGCAAACUAUGAAAAGUAUGCAAACUUGAUUUUUUUAAUAAUGUAAUUAUUAAGAGACAAAGAAACAAAUGAAACUUCUUGCUAACACAAAGUGAAUGGCAAACACAAAGGUGCUGCUUUUUCAUAAAAGACUAUGAGAUAGGGACGCUCAAAGCACAGUGGAAAAAAAAAAGAACAAGAGAAAGAGAACAGCGAGUCUUCGAGAGGAGAGGCUAUUAAGUCGGAGAAAAUAGCCCCACUGUAUUACAGAAAGGUUGCUGAUGUUACGAUCUUUCCAGGCUGUACCAGUGAAGAGGAGGGCUAUGUUUAAGACUCCCGAGUGCACGUUAAACAAAAGGUCUGUGGGUAUAACAGUUGUCUUGAACAAGCAUCGAAUUUCUUCCUGCAUGCACUCACUCCAAUGUGUGUGUGUGUGUGUGUGUGU